AGGCCGGGCGGCAGCGGUGGCGGCGGCGAGCGGGCUGCGGGGGACCGGGCCGAGCGUCCCUGAAGGAGCACCCGAGGGCCACCCUCUUGUCUGAUGGCAGCCCGGCCCUGUCCAGGAAUGUCGGCAUGAUGGUCUCACAGAAGGGGGGGCCGCAGCCAGCACCCAGCCCAGUGGGAACGGGGACACAGCUUGGACCAGUCACAGGAGAGAUGGACGAAGCCGACUCUGUAUUUUUAAAAUCUAAGCAGGCAGCUGAUGACUCUCUCUCGCUUACGUCUUCGAAUGCCGAGCCCAUUUUUGUAGAAGACCCCUGCACAGCCUUGCUGAGGAGUGAGAUCGAGAUGGACGCCCGCGAUUUUGAGGCUGAGUCCUGGAGCCUUUCCGUGGACGCGGCAUACUCAAAGAAACAAAAGAAAGAGGUGGUGAAGAGGCAGGAUGUGCUCUAUGAGCUGGUGCAGACGGAGGUACACCACGUCCGGACACUCAAGAUCAUGCUGAAGGUCUACUCCAGGGCCCUGCAGGAUGAGCUUCAGUUCAGCAGUAAGGCCAUCGGCCGCCUCUUCCCGUGUGUGGAUGAGCUGCUCGACAUGCACAGCCACUUCCUCUCUCGGCUGAAGGAGCGCCGCCAGGAGUCCCUGGAGGAGGGCAGUGACCGCAAUUACAUCAUCCAGAAAAUCGGGGACCUCUUGGUACAGCAGUUCUCCGGCGAAAAUGGGGACAGAAUGAAAGAGAAAUACGGUGUCUUUUGUAGUGGCCACAAUGAGGCCGUCAGUCAUUACAAGUUGCUGCUCCAGCAAAACAAGAAAUUUCAAAGCCUGAUCAAGAAAAUUGGCAACUUCUCCAUCGUGAGGCGGCUUGGCGUGCAGGAGUGUAUCCUUCUGGUCACUCAGCGCAUAACCAAGUACCCCGUGCUGGUGGAGCGCAUUAUUCAGAACACAGAAGCCGGCACCGAGGACUACAGAGACCUGACCCAGGCCCUGAACCUCAUCAAGGACAUCAUCUCCCAAGUGGACGCCAAGGUCAGCGAGUCCGAGAAGGGCCAGCGCCUCCGGGAGAUCGCGGGGAAGAUGGACUUAAAGUCCUCCAGCAAGCUCAAGAACGGGCUGACCUUCCGCAAAGAGGACAUGCUGCAGCGGCGACUCCACCUGGAGGGCACGCUGUGCUGGAAGACCACGUCGGGGCGCCUGAAAGAUGUCCUUGCUGUCCUGCUGACUGAUGUGCUCUUGCUGCUACAAGAAAAGGAUCAAAAAUAUGUCUUUGCCUCUGUGGACUCGAAGCGCCCGGUCAUCUCGUUACAAAAGCUCAUUGUGAGGGAGGUGGCCAACGAGGAGAAAGCCAUGUUUCUGAUCAGCGCCUCCCUGCAAGGGCCCGAGAUGUACGAGAUCUAUACCAGCUCCAAAGAGGAGAGGAACACUUGGAUGGCCCACAUCAGAAGGGCCGUCGAGAGCUGUCCGGACGAGGAGGAGGGGCCCUUUAGCGAGGCCGAAGAGGAGAAGAAGGUGUUCGAGGCCCGCGCCCUGAGGCUGAGGGACUUCCAAGAGCGAUUGAACGUGAAAGACCAGCAGAUUGCACAGAGCCUUGGCGAGAAGCAGCAGAUCUACCUGGAGAUGGCGGAGAUGAGCGGGCUCGAAGACGUCCCUCAGUCGCGACUCCUCUUCCGAGGAGGGGAGCCCUCCGAGACCCUGCAGGGGGAGCUGAUCCUCAAGUCGGCCAUGAGUGAGAUCGAGGACAUCCAGACCCUGAUCUGCAGGCAGCUGGGCAGCGCCAACGGCCAGGCGGAAGAUGGGGGAGGUUCCGCGGGCCUGCCCCGCAGGGCAGAGACCUUCGGGGGCUACGACACUGUGAGCAGUCCCGGCAAGAAUGGCAGUUUGAAGAAUGCCUACAGCAGCGACCCCGGCCCCCAAGACUGGCAAGGCCCGGUGAGCAGCCCAGACUCGAAGCCCAGCAACACGCCGGGGGCCUCUGAGGACACCCCACCCACAGUGGCGGUGCCGGGGGCGGAGUCCGGCCGCCCUCUGCCCGCGGCCCUGGAGCUGGAGCUUGUCCAGCGGAUCCAGACCCUGUCGCAGCUGCUCCUCAGCCUCCAGGCAGUCAUUGCCCAGCAGGACAGCUACGUGGAGAUGCAGAGGGCCUCCAUCCAGGAGCGCGAGAAGCAGCUGCGGCUGCAGUCCACGCGUGGGAACCUGCUGCUGGAGCAGGAGCGCCAGCGCAACUUCGAGAAGCAGCGCGAGGAGCUGGCCGCCGUGCAGAAGCAGCAGGGCCUCCUGCGGGGGGAGCAGCAGCGCUGGGAGCGCGAGCGGGAGCGGCAGCAGCACGAGCUGGCCCUGGCCUCCGCCCGGCUGCAGCGCUGCCAGAACGAGUCGCUGCAGCUUCAGGAGCGGCUGAGCCAGGAGCGCGAGCAGCUGGAGCAGCGGCGGCGCGCCUACCAGCACGACCUGGCGCGGCUGCGGGAGGCCCAGCGCGCCGUGGAGCGGGAGCGCGAGCAGCUGGAGCAGCAGCGGCGCCUCCGCAAGCAGAACACGGCGCCCGGCGCGCUGCCGCCUGACUCGCCAGCCGAGGCCCAGCCGCUAAGCCACACUCCCAGCUUCAACGGGGAAGGGCCGGAAGGGCCCGCCGCCCUCGCCAAAGCGCCAGGAGCCCGGGUGAGCAUGCCGCUGGCCGGCCCGGGGCCCGAGUUCCCAGAGCGCCCCGAGAUGGCUCGCCGGGACAGCGCCCCCGCCGAGAGCCGGCCGGCCAAGAGCGACGUGCCCAUCCAGCUGCUGAGUGCCACCAACCAGAUCCAGAGGCAGGCAGCUGUGCAGCAGCAGAUCCCCACCAAGCUGGCUGCCUCCACCAAGGGCGCCAAGGACAAGGGCGGCAAGAGCAGGGGCUCCCAGCGCUGGGACAGCUCAGCCUCCUUCGACCUGAAGCAGCAGCUGCUCCUCAGCAAGCUCGUGGGCAAGGACGAGAACAGCGCUCGGAACCGCCGCUCGCUGAGCCCGGUUCUGCUCAGCAGCCACAGCUCCGUGUCCCCCGCAGGUGAGCCCAGCCCCCCCCACCCCCACCCCAGCCCGGCCCCGGCUGACGUCCCCACCGAGUGCUGCUCCCUCAAGCCCGGGGGCGCCCCCGUGCCCCCCUCCCCCUUGCCACUGCCCAGCACACCGGGCAGCAAGGAAGACGGCAGCAAGGAAGACGUCAUCUUCUUCUAG